AUGACCUCGGAUUACGAUUCAGGAGGAGGAUCAACAAGAGCGACAACUCAACUUCCCACACUUUCGCCGAGCACAUUGGAUUUUCUCGGCGAAUUGGAGCGACAAGAGAAUGGAAUGCCUGAAAAUCAACGACGUGACUUUGAAUUGGCUGUGGAAACGGAACUUGAGGAUGUGCUUGAAGCGUUCAAUGCUGAAUAUGAGAAUGUUUCUCAGCAACCGUUAGAUGAUAAAUGCAUAAAUAAUAAAUGA